CUGUCAUCUCCUUCUUCAUUGUCUUCGACCUUCUGGUUUAAGGGGUUUGGUGGUGCCUUGCUACAAUUCUAGACUCGUUUGUUUUGAACCCGCUGCCACGGACUUCUUCGCUCUCCAUUCUAAUUAUGAUAACGGCUAUUUCAUGGGUUCCCAAAGGAGCACCCAAGCCAAUCCCUUCUGUAGCUGACUUGCCUUCCAAAGAAGAAAUUGAAGAAAUUGUCAAGAGUGGUGCCUUGGAAAGAAGUGGAGAUAGUGAUGAGGAUAUGGAUGGUGAUCGUAAUGAUAGUAAUCAUGGCGGUGAUGAUGAUGAUGAUGAUAAUAAUAAUAUUGAGGAAGAUGAUGAAAGUGAGAAGCUUGAUAAUAAGUCUAUCAAAGCCUCAAAAGACUCUGACACUGAGGCCAAGUUUAAUGACAUAACCGAUGGAUUGAAGGAGCUUGACAUGGAUAAUUAUGAUGAUGAAGAUGAUGGGAUUGAACUAUUUACCAAAGGCCUUGGAGACCUUUACUAUCCAAGUAAUGAAGUUGAUCCAUAUUUCAAGGAUAAAGAUGAUGAUGAGGAUUCUGAAGAUCUUGAGGAUUUGACUAUCAAACCAAUGGAUUCCGUUAUAGUUUGUGCACGAAAUGGUGAUGAUGGCAAUCAACUAGAGGUUUGGGUAUGUGAGGAACCUGGUGAUGGUGAAUUCAACACUUAUGUUCACCAUGAAAUCAUGAUCUUUGAAUUUCCUCUGUGCACAGCAUGGAUGGAUUGUCCGCUUAAAGGUGGAGAUAGAGGGAAUUUUCUAGCUGUCGGAUCAAUGGAACCUUCCAUUGAAAUAUGGGACCUAGACAUUAUCGAUGAGGUACAACCAUGUAUGGUAUUGGGUGGCAUUGCCGAGAAGAAGAAGAAAAAAAAAGGAAAGAAGAUAUCAGUAAAAUAUAAAGAAGGUAGUCACACUGAUUCCGUUCUUGGUCUUGCUUGGAACAAGCACUACAGAAAUGUACUUGCCAGUGCUAGUGCCGAUAAAAAAGUAAAGAUUUGGGAUGUGGCUGCUGGAAAAUGUGAUAUUACUAUGGAGCAUCAUACAGACAAGGUUCAAGUUGUUGCAUGGAAUUAUCAUGCACCACAAGUUCUCCUCAGUGGAUCUUUUGAUCAUUCUGUGGUUAUGAAGGAUGGGAGGAUACCAUCACAUUCUGGUUACAAGUGGUUAGUCGAUUCUGAUGUUGAAAGCUUAGCAUGGGAUCCGCACACUGAGCACACAUUUGUGGUUAGUCUUGAAGAUGGUACUGUGAAGGGUUUUGAUAUUCGGACUGCGACGUCCACCACAUCUCCCGAGUCAAAACCAAGUUUUACUCUUCAUGCUCAUGACAAAGCUGUUUGCUCAGUCUCAUAUAAUUCAGCGGCUCCUAAUCUACUUGCCACAGGAUCCACAGAUAAAAUGGUAAAGCUCUGGGAUUUAUCCAACAACCAACCCUCUUGCAUUGCAUCUAAGAAUCCUAAAGCAGGAGCUGUGUUUUCUAUUGCGUUCUCAGAAGACAGUCCUUUUUUGCUGGCUAUAGGAGGCUCUAAGGGUAGAAUGGAAAUAUGGGACACAUUAUCAGAUGCUGCAGUCUCUAAAAAAUUCGGGAAUCACAGCAAGGUGAAUAGUCAGCCUGUGGCCUAAUGCGAUCGACCGAUAAACGAAUAAGGUUUUCAACUACGAUGACUAGACCUUGUGUUUUUCUUGGAAUGAGCGAGCAUUUCUUUGCGUGUAGCUUUUUGAAUCGUCGCAUGAUCUUGGAUUGUCUUCCUAUAGGAAUCCUUGAUGCCUUGUAUGCUUGUGUAAUAAGUACAAGAAUUUUCAGGUACAAGGAAAUGUCUUUGAGAAGACAGUGGAUGGUUUUUAAAGAUCACUUAUUUCAUAGCUUCGGUUCCAAGAUCCAUCAUGCUAGAAGUUUUAAAGAUUUGAGCUCUUUUUUUUCUUUUUCUCAAGGGAUAAGUAGGACUGUUGGGAAGUAUAUAAAUUUUUCACUGUUAUCUAUCUUCUUUUGGCUGUAAAAUGUUUAUCACUACAUGUUACAGACUUGGAUGUGCUGAAGUAAAGCACUAACAAUUUUGUCCUGUUAGAUUUUUUUUUUUCUGGGAAAGGCUGUUAGGUCCUGCAUGGUAUGUUAUAUUGUAUUGUAUUGGAUUGAUUUUAUUAUUUUUAUUCAAUAUUAUGUUUGAUUUCAACUGUA